AGAAAUACCAAUAACAUGGCUCAUAGAAAAUAAUAAUGCCGAUAAUCUGUUGUGCUGGUGGCCGCCUAAAUCAGCAAACUGUCCACAGCUGAUUGCAAACUAUGCAAGUCCAGAGUUUAAUACAUGGGAGUGCUACCAACAUCUAAAUAUUUCUAUAGAGCAAAAUGGAUAAUAAUAAGUGUCUUUUACUGGAAUUCGUUAAUGAAAAUAAAAAAAUUGCUGUUGGUUAUGAAGACUGGCUGCAAAAUAAAAUAAAUGAUGAAGAGGAAUACUUAAAUAUAAUUAAAAAUAAAAACGAAAUUGAAAUAAAAUGGCCUGAUUGCGACAUUGCACCAGCAUCAAUCAUGAAAAAAAGAGUACGAACGUGUGACUGGAAAAUAGUUGCGGCAAAGAUACUUUCCUUUGGUGAAUGGAUUAAAAUGUGCGAACAACGGGACAAUCUAGAAACAUAUGGAGUUUUAGAACCAACUAAAGGACAAAGGAAAUCAAUGUGUAAAAAACAAUGGAGUGACGAUGAAAAAGAGAAUAGUCAGAAUAAAAAGAAAUACAAAAAAAGUGGGAUAAAACGUGGAACUACUGAAACCAAAACUACUGAAACUCAAAACUAUGGACCGAAGUAAAGAUAAUGAAAAAUAUUGUGGACAAUCUUCAGAUGAUGACAGCUCUUCAAAAAUGUCGCAGCAUUUAAUACAAGAGAACGACACUUUAAAGAAAGAAAAUGAUGAUUUAAAAAAGGAAAAUAUGGCAUUGCGUAUAUCACUUUCUUGUAUUAAAAAUUUGCCGAGAAUAAACAAUUUGGUGGAGAACGUACUUCUUAAAACAGAGAAACUUAACGACAAAGUUGAUUUCACUGACUUUAAAAAAAGUAAAAAUGAGAUAAAUACUACAAAUAACAUAUUAGAAAUGGAAUCAAAUAAAGAAUCUAAUAAUGAAAAAAUGAUUGAUCUUGGUGAAACAGGUGUCCUUGUAAGUGCUAGUCGUCUUCGAAAUUGUAACAGAAAUAGUAUUUCGCAAUACACAUGCGAUUUACUAUCAGUAGUUUUUUCUAAAGAAGAACUGGCAUCAUGUAGUUUAACGGGAAAAAUUGCUAAUACUAUGAAAGGAGCAAAUAUAACACCUAAAGAACGUUUAAAUCCAAAACGUCUUGAAGCAAUUGAAGCUCAUGUGUUUUCAAUAUUUGAGUGUAAUAAGGACACUCAAAAACUUUUUAAAGCAGCUGUCAGACAGAAAUGUAACAAUGCUGUACCUCGAGCAAAGAAAAACCAGACCAAAGAAAACAAAUAACUUUCCUCGGUGCAAUUACUACUUUUACGAAAAUAGUGAUAUAUAUGUGAUAUAUAUAAGUUACAUAUCGUGCCUUUGGUAAAUACAGUGGAAAUUGAUUAAAUAAUUUAUCGUUUAUUAAAUUUAUCCUAAUGUAAUUCUUUAUGAGUUAAAAUUUUGUUCUUUUAUAUGUACACAUGUAAAUGUUUCUUGCAAAAAAUAUGACUAAAAAGUUAUAUAUUGUAUUUAAAAUAAAAAAAUA